AAUCAACCUCCGGAGGGGCGAGGCUGAAGGGAGUCUCGGUCACGUGGGUUCAAAGGGGAUUCCGUGAAUAGUGAGCGAAAUAGUCACGGUCGCCGUGCGGGCAGGCUGCUCCGAGCGACAAGAUAGUGACAGGCGGUUUGACACCAUGGAAUGCAGCGAUAGAAUUGCAAGGAGCUGCUUUAUAGGAUUCUUGUGUCUUGUACUGUCAGGCAGGCAACACCUGUUUUCGACUCAUGCUCAAAACCAUCCAGCACAUGAUCCUGAAAUUACUGAGGGUCAUCGACCAAACAUUCGUCUAGACAAAAAUCUUGUUCAAGACAAAGAUCAUAUAAUGGAGCAUUUAGAUGGUGUUAUAGACAAACCCGAAUCCGAGAUGACACCGCAAGAACUUCAACUUCAUUAUUUUAAAAUGCAUGAUUACGAUGGGAAUAACUUGCUUGAUGGAUUGGAGUUAAUUUCAGCCAUUGCACAUGUACAUAAAGAGGAAAGUGGAGGCCAAGGGCAGCCCAUGGGUGAGGAGGAAAUCGUUAGUUUAAUUGAUGAUAUUUUAAGAGAUGAUGACAAAAAUAAUGAUGGAUACAUUGAUUAUGCUGAAUUUGCAAAAUCAUUAGAAUAAAAAAGCACAAUUGAUUUAUUUUCCAUUUCUGACUGCCAUUGUAAGGUUUUUUUGUUUGGUAAAGGUCAGUUAACUUUAUUUUCUUAACAGCUGAGCCAAUUAUAGUUUACCAGCCUCUCAGAAGGUUUUAACUUGUACAGAAUUAUAAACCCAAUUUUGAAAUUUCACUGGAUAUCUAUAAAAAUAUUUUUGUGCAAUUUAAAUGAAGUGUAAAGGAUUCUGUUACGCUUGCUAUCCUAAUAUUGCAAUAUUUUGUGACAUUGCAUUGGAGCCACUUGUUCAGUAAAAAAUGAAUGAAAUAUUGACAUAAAAGCAUAACAAAUUCAUUCUUUUUCUUAAUCUUUUUAAGAAGUUAAAAUAGCGGAUAGUUGCUCUUAAGCCAUAAGUGCAACUCCAUUGGAUUGGAGGAUAAGUUUUUAGUUUGUAAAUCUUCAUUUCUUCCAUGACUUGCACAAUAUUAAACAGUUGAAAUAUGGGAGACCAGUUAAUUAUUUUGUUUGUAUCAAUUCUGAUUUUGGGUAGAAUAUAUAUAUGAAGUAAAGCAUUAUACGUGCAUAUUAAACAUUUAAUUUCAGAAACCUACUCGUGUGAAGUUGUAAUUGAGAAGUCUGUUAUUCCACUCUCUUAAACCAGUCUAGGGGACAGCAAUGGAAUACUUCCAGCAUGCAGUUUGGUAUGAUAAUUCAUAUUUGCACUGAUCAUUCUUUGCAUUUAUUUCCUAGUUUCUGUUGUGCUGUAUAAUAGAAAUUUUUAUGCUUAUUGAAGCAUAAUGAACCAGUUCUGUGGUAAUUUGGAUAAAAAGUUAUUUUUGAUUUAUGAAAGCCUAUAUUAGAAGUUUCUGUUGUAUUUUAUUAAAGUGUAUUUUAAGAUCUGAGUUGUUGGAAAAGAAUGAGUACCAUUUAAAAUGCUGCAAAUUAUUCAUUAUCAAAGGACUAAAUGUAGACUUAAGCAGUGAACAUUUUCAAUAGUACAAGGAGAACGUUCUGGUCUCCAGUUACACUGUUUAUAUGUCAAUGUACGUGUUACUAGUGUCUCUUACAGCAAGUGUUAAUUAAAGUGGACAAACCAAUUUUAUACUGAUUGCAUAGAUUUUGUGCUUGUAAUAUUCAUAUGUAAUUUAAAAUUAAAUUAAUUUUAAACUUAUUACACCCUCAGAACUUUUUA